UAGUAAUACGAAUGAUGGAGUUGGUUGACGUAAAGCGCAAGGCAAAAGUCUUUCCUCGAUCGUAGUUUUCAUCGGCAUCGAGUGCUUUCUGCUUCGAUCGAUGUGACAGUGGUUUGGUUCGCUUCAAAUUUUCUACUCUGCUAUAAAGUCCCGAAGAAUCUAAGCAAUUCGGAAUGGCCACCGUAAACUUGAGCCAGGUGGUGCUGAGGAAUGCCCUCCGCUCUAAGGUCGGUGUACGUUAUGUGCAUGAAGUGCUUCGUCAAAAAAUCGGUAAGCGAGAAAUCGUCGGUUACGGCUGGAAUGGCCUGCCGGUGUACGCUGACCGUGUUGACUUCCCGAUGCCACCAAUUCGAUUUAAGGAACCAACGCCCGACAUUUUGGUCCUCCGCGAGAAGGAGAAGGGUGACUGGAAGAAACUGUCCAUCCAGGAAAAGAAAGCCCUAUACCGAGCAUCAUUUUGUCAAACUUUCGCCGAGAUUAAGUACCCGACUGGAGAGUGGAAGAUAUGCAUCGGUUUUGGAUUUAUUGCCGUUUCCAUGAGCAUCAUCCUGAUGAUGUUGAUGAAGGCGUUCGUGUACGAACCCCUUCCGGUUACCUUCGACGAGGAGCACCAGAAAGCUCAGCUCAAGCGUAUGUUGGACCUCGGUGUCGGCAACAUCAACGGUCUGUCGUCCAAGUGGGACUACGAAAACAGCAAGUGGAAGUAAACCCUUGCCGACUAUCACGGCGAUGGCUGAGUAUUAGUUGGUAAUUGUGUACUAUAAUUGUCUAGCGAAAGGGCAACCGGAAAGCGGAUCCCAUUGGGAACUACUUUUCAAAUUGGCUAUAAAAUGAUGAAAUAAAUAAAUAAAUAAACUUAA